AUGGGAAUCGAAUUGCCAGCAUAUAUUCUUGGUGCACUCACUGCGGGCGGUGGAACGAUGGGUUAUGUCAGGACUGGAAGUAUUCCAUCUGUCGCCGCAGGUCUCACUGUUGGAUCCUUGUACCUAUUGGGUGGUUAUCGUAUCCAAAGCCGCCUGUCUUAUGGCGUUGAACUCGCUCUUCUCGCAUCUGUUGUUCUUGCAGGCUCUUCCAUUCCAAGAGCAAUUCGCAGUCAAAAACCUUUGCCAGCGGGUUUAAGUCUACUCGCCUUGUACGGACUAUUCACCUUCGGAAAUGCAUUCAGAGCGCGAAAGUGA